AGCGGUUGGCCUUCGAAACGCAAGCGGACCUCUCCGCAAAAUUCCGAUAAACCUCUCGGCCCCUCGCUCGACGCGAACUCCUAAUCCUCCCCCCACCAGCAAAAUACCCCCCUACGGCCUACGCCAUGGUGGCCGCUUCUUUCUCGACGUCAGCCCCUCUCACCCUCCUCUCGCCUCCGGCCCCUCCCCUUCUCUUCAACCCCAACCCCAACCCCCUCUCUUUCCUCAAACCCCUCUCCAUCCCAACCCUGACCCUAACCAACGCCAAGAAGAAGACCAAACCCAUAGAAUCAACCUCUACACUCACCAUCGAAGAAGAAGAAGAAGAAGAAGAUGAUGAUGAUGAGUUUCUCGCGUUUGAAGAGAUGAGGAGGUGGGAGAUGAAGAGGCCGGCUGGGUUUGGGGAGGGGAAAGUGUACGAUACAACGGUGGAGGAGAAGCUUCUGGAAGAAAUGGAGAGGGCGAGGAUUGCUGCUCAGGUCGCUGCCGAGGCGAAGAAGGCCAAGGGGAGUUCGAGCAAGAAGCAAGAACUGGCUCAAAAGGAUGCUAUAAAUGGGCCUGCAGUGCGUUUGGUGAAUCUCCCAAAGAAGAAGAACAUAGACAGAGAUUUGCGGGCAGCUUUUAAAGGGUUUAAAGGUAUUGUUAAGAUUAGCCCUGCGGUUGCUGGAAAUUGGAAGACAAGAGAUCCUGUCUGCAAAGGAUUUGCAUUUGUUGAAUUUGUAUCUGAGGAGGCUGCUGUCAGGUUUGCGAACACAUAUUCGAAGCAACCUAUUCUUUUUGGUAAAGUGGAGAAGCAAAUAUCUUGUGAUAUCUUAAGCCCUGGGCAACCAGUGACUAGUAGGACCCAGAGUUUAGGCCAGCAAAAGCUUAUAAACUCCAUGGAUGAGACUUUGCAAGAAGAAUGUAACAGAAGGCCCACACUCCAGGAGAGUGUCAAAGAAGCUGCUGCGCUCAUGAAGGGUGCAAGUUCUCCACUAUCAGAUUCUGAAGAGAUAGAAGUGGGCAUUGAACAUUUCAAGACACCUCUUUUAAAUGACAAAGAGGUUGAAACCCAUGUAAAUGAAUUGAGUUCAGAUAGCUUGGCAGUUCCAUCACAGAAGCAAGAGAAGCAAAAGGCUCCAAAAAAGAAAGUAGUAAAAAGGAAAUCAAUGAAGACUGCAAAGUUGAACUUACCCAGCUCCAUGGCCAAGUUAAAGAUCAAGGAGAGGACUGUUCUAACUGGUGUUUUUACCAAGUAUGGUGGAAAAGUUGCUUCAGCUUCAGAUUAGUUGCUAAAAGAAUAUAGGAAAAUGAGUUGCCAAAGGUUUUGGAAUUAAGUGACAUUAUUAGAGACCCUUAGUGCAGAAUGAGCUUUUAUUGCGCUCUUCAACAUUCAUCUCACUUUUGGUUGUAGGCAUGAAAUCAGCAAAUUCCACAACAUUUCUUAAUGCAGUUCAAGGGCUAACUAGUGAGUGGAGGUUCUAGACACCAGGAUUAUCUGUGCAGGGGUGAACAAAAUUAGCAAACGUGCAUGUCGGAUAAUUCAUUAAGGCUAUGUUGAAAUAUGUUUGAACAUUUAGACUAUUUGUACUCAAGUUUAUCGUGUGGUAGAAUGCAAUAUCUAUUUUGCGCAAGCGUUAACUCUUGCAAAUUGAUUGUUUGUACUCCACAUGUUGGUGUUCUAAUGGGUGACUUUUUUGGCAACUUCCAAUCCAUCAACAGUGAGGAAUGCAACUAUAUUUAGGUUUUCUGUUCACACUGUCACAACAUGUAGAUAAAUCAAUGUAUGAUUUAGUUGGGGGUACAUUCAGAGAAAACGACCAAACUGGUGAAGCGAGAAGAGCUCGAUUUGGAGGCAUGAACUCUCAGUUUUGAACCCAGAAGUUUCAGAUAAGUCAAUAUGUUUGAGGUAGGAAAGCUGAAACUACUAAGUAAAUGCUUAAAGCUCUAUUUUGAGUAAUUUGAUAUUGUUUAUCUGAUCUUGAACUGUCUUGACCAGUUUAUUUCUAGUGAAUCACAACAGUA